CAGUCAUCUAGCUUUCCUCGUGCUCCAAAUCUUCAACCCCUGUUCGCUGUCACCGAUCGCGGUUGCUUCCUCAAGCUCGGCGUCCGUCGUCUUUGUCUGCUCAGCCGCGCUUCCGUCGCCGUUUGUUUGCCGUUCACGUUCGCGUUCUUCGCCAUUCGCGUUCGCUCGGCGUUCACCGUUGGCGUUCACUCGCUGUUCACCGUUCGAGUUCGCGUUCGUCUGGAAGCCACGUUGCUCUGCUUCAAACUCUGCCACCAACCCGCACGCUCCACUCAGCCAUCGAACUGCUCUCUUUUGUCCCCGCCAACCUUAGACUCCUAACAGCGAAGCUCCGACGGACAAAGUCAUCAUCGCCGGCUCAGUUGGUCGCAUUCGUCGCAACGGAUCGGUGAAGCUGCUCUAACUUCAUCUGAAACAGAUGCAGAUUUGAAGCACAGAACCAGGUCGCGAAAUUCGGGUCAGAUAUGCGGGUUGGACGUGUACGGUUCGGAUAAAAUCAGUUCAAUUCUAUUCCACUCGUACAUUCCAAACACCCUGAGAGGAAUUGAAUUAAAUUGAAUAUCAUCAAGGGAAAUGAGGAUAGUUGGGUUGACCGGCGGAAUCGCAUCUGGGAAGAGCACCGUUUCCAAUCUCUUCAAGUCCCAUGGGGUUCCUGUUGUUGACGCUGAUGUCGUCGCUCGUGAUGCUUUGAAGAAAGGUAGCGGUGGAUGGAAAAAAGUUGUUGCAGCUUUUGGGGAGGAAAUCCUCCUUGAAAAUGGAGAAGUCAAUAGACCCAUGCUUGGCCAGAUUGUUUUCUCCGAUCCUGAUAAGCGCCAAUUUCUCAAUCGAUUACUGGCUCCCCAUAUAUCUUCUGGAAUCUUUUGGGAAGUGGUGAAGCUUUGGCUUAAGGGGUAUAAGGUUAUUGUUCUUGAUGUCCCAUUGUUGUUUGAGGCUAAGAUGGACAAGUUCACAAAGCCAAUUAUAGUUGUGUGGGUUGAUCCUGAAACACAGAUAAAGAGACUCAUGGGGAGAGACAAAUCAAGUGAGGAGGAUGCUGGGAACAGGAUCAAUGCUCAAAUGCCACUUGAUGUGAAGAGGAAUAAAGCAGAUAUAGUGAUAGAUAACACUGGAUCACUUGAUGACUUGAAUGAACAGUUUCAGAAGGUUCUGAUUGAAGUGUCAAAACCCUUGACAUGGACUCAGUAUUGGCUUUCAAGGAAUGGAGCCUUGAUCAUACUUGCUUCACUCACUUCGGGUGUUGUUUUGUGUAUAAAAGCACUUUCAUAGUCACUUGUGUUCUUCGGAAGGUUAAAUUUGAAUUUGUAAUUUUUAGCAUUUUAAAAGAUGAAUUUGUGUUCUAAUUCAUAAUUAUGAUGAGGUUGACCAGUGUUUUAACAUUGAUAUUAAUGAGAAGGUAGAUCUUGGAUGUGAAAUAUGAAAAUUCAUAAUUGAAGCCA